AUGUUCGAACAACGCAACGAUGUGAUGGAAUAUGCUGAUUACAUAAGCCUACACGCAUAUUUCGACAGAAUAUCAUCGCCAGAAAUUCUUGAUGAAAUAUAUGCCAAAUAUGAUAAGCAAAUUUUGUACACUGAAAUGAGUUUCGCUGUAUUUAAAGGAGAAAAAGUGUUACCAGGAUCAUGGCCACGGGCUGAAGAGUUGAUAAAGAUAUUGAUGGAAACUUUGCAGCAUAAUGUUGCCGCGUACGUUGAUUGGAAUUUAAUUCUGUUAGAGACCGGGGGACCAUCGUAUUUGGGCUCAUUUAUUGAAGCAUACAUUCUGGCCAAUGAAGACUUUACCGUGUUUUACAAACAGCCACUCUUUUAUGCGAUGGCACAUUUUGCCAAGUUCAUUUCACCGCAUUCAAUUAGAAUCAGUUCAGCUGUUAUCAAUCCAGGCAAAUCACAGGUGAUAACAGUGGCUUAUCUGAGGCCUGACAAUAAAGUUUGCGUUGUCUUAUACAACAAUGGCACUAAUCCGGUCGCAUUAACCUUAGCCGAUGAUUUAAAAGGGAUAACAAAACUUCAACUAAAGCCAAAAUCAUUAAAUACACUCAUUUACUCCACUCGAAGUGGCUAA